AGUGAGGGCAUCUGGGUUUGAAGAUCGAUCUUCAUAUAUGUUUGGUAUUCUAGUCAACUUCAGAAUGACUUGUUUAGCUAAUUCGAACUUCAAGGUUGAGAAGCCUAGCAACCAUUACAACAACUGAAAUUUGCAAUUGUUCAUAUUUUUAUUUUUUGAUAAGAAAUCUGCAGUUUCGUCGGUUUAAGGUAUACUGAAGUCCAAAUCACCUCUUUUGAACUGAAAAACUCGUGAAGACAGAUGGAAUUCAUUUCAUAAAUAAAAUCUAAUUGAAAUUAUCAAGAGCACAUUCAUAGGGAAAUAACUUCAAUUGAUAAAGAUAACAGAUAGACAUUUAAUUUUUUAACUAAUUCUUAUAAUUAUGAGUUCAAUUUGUUAUUAUAAAGUGUUAGGUUUAACUAAAACAGCUACAGAUGAAGAAGUACGUCGUGCAUAUCGUCGUUUAGCACUUAAAUGGCAUCCAGAUAAAAAUCCAACAAAUUUAGAAGAAGCAGAAAAAAAAUUUAAAGAAAUUAGUGCAGCUUAUGAAGUUUUAUCAGAUCCACAAAAACGUUCUGUCUAUGAUUCACAUGGUAAAGAUGGCUUAAAUCGUACACAUGUAAAAACUUCUAAAUCAACAAGACCACCUAGUGGACGACGUCGACAUACAGCAUCAGGAACAUUUUUCACAGAUGAUAUAUUUGAUACGAGUGAUUUCUUUCCAUUUAAUGAUUUCGGCUUUACAUUUCGAGAUCCUGAAGAAGUGUUCCGUGAAUUUUUCAGCAAACAUGUAGAUAUGAUGAAUGCAUUUAUGGAUACAGCUGGUCUAUUUCGAUCACAUAGUCAUUUACAUGAUAUAUUUAAUAAUGAUCAUCAUUUCAAUGUAUUACCUAGUCGUCAUUUACAUCAUACAACUAGUUAUAAAUCAACUAAUGAACAUCAACCACGAUUUCAUCAUGUUGAACGUAUACGUAAAACAAGUUUACCACAAAAUGUACCAGUACGUAGUUUAUCUACAAAAACAUCAUAUAGUUUUAAUUUUGGUAGUUCUAGUCGUCCUGGUCAUCCACCAAUGAGAAAAGAAACAUUUCGAUCAACUUCAACUAAAAUUGAAAAUGGAAAAUGUGUUACAACACGUAAAAUAGUACAAGAUGGUAUAGAAACAAUUGAAAUAGAAGAAAAUGGUAUAUUAAAAAUGAAAACAAUCAAUGGUCAACCAGUUGCUAUUGCUAAUGGUUAAUCAUGUAUAUUAAUUAUUCAUAUAGUGAUAAUAUUCUUUGCUAUAAUAAAGUUCUAAAGUAUUUUCUUUUUUUAAAAUAUAAUUAUAAGAAAUGUGUAUACAUAAAUUUGUUUCAUAAUGAUAAAAAUAAUAGUAAUGCUUAUUAUCAUUAUUAUUACUGGUAGUAGUCGUAAUAUACUUUUUAUUGUAUUAUCUUUCUGGAUAUGUAUUCACUCUAACUAAAGGUAUUGUGGAUGUACUAUUCAAUGUUCCAUUCGAACACUCAAUACAUAUGUCUUAAUUAAGUUUCAAACUUUUCAGUUUACAUUUGUUUUCUACGAAGCUGUUUAGAAACUUUCACAAAUGUCUUUUCUUUUUCACUGACUAUAUGCAAACAGUUUUUGUUUACUAUCUGUAUGUUGUAGCCAACUGUACUACCAUAUUUCCACAAGUUUAAUAUAUUUUCCUCUGAGAUACAUUUCGUUUAUCUUUUUCGUUGUUUUUUUCCCUUUUUAAACGUUUAUAGAAUUCGAAUGUUUUAAACUUCUCUUUUCUUCUCUAUGUGUAUACUCGGAAUGAAUUUCUUCAAUGAUAAUUGUUAAUUAUAUUUUCUAAUACCUUUCCUAAAUUAGUUUCGGAUUUCUUUCCCCUAUCUUAUAUCUGUAUACCUGUGUUUCAUAAAUAUUUUUAUCUUCAGUCUACUGUGAUUUAUAUUGUUAUUGAUAUUUUUGUGCUAUAUUUUAUAAACCAAUUCAUAAAUACAUUUACAAUCAUCGACUAGUGAUGAUAGAUAAAUUAUGUUGGGUGUAAUCUAUGCGGAUAUGUGUGUAUAGACUUUUUUAAAAUUUUUCGUUAACAUUAUAUGUAUGUGUAUGUGUACUGAUUGAUGUUGUUAUUGGCGCUAAUAUACAAAUGCAAACGCACUUGAUCAUAAAUAAAUGCGUCAAUAAGGAGAUUAACAUCAAUAAAAUUGCUUUUCCUAAUCAAUUUUAUUUUAUUACUGAGAUUAAAUCAGUGUAAUCAAGAGAGAUAUUUAUUUUGCAAAAGCAAAUACUUUUAAAACAGAAAUGUAAAAUGCUAUUUUACUGCUAUACACAGCGUAUCAUUGAAACAGCACACUAAAUAAUACUAUAUAUAUAUAUAUAUAUAUAUAUAUAUAUAUAUAUAUAUAUAAAGUGUGUGGUAUAUAGUAGUUGAACAGUGCAAACAUCUUUCUCC